AUGUGGCAAUUAGUAUUCCGUAAUGGUGCUCGCUUGUUAUUAGGCUCGACCGCUGCAGGAGCUACUGGUAUAACUUUUGCCAUGCAUUCGGACGAAGGCUUUAACCGAUCAUUGUAUUUCUGGCGCAAAGCUUUCCCCAUCUACCUCCAUUACCGAGCAGCUCAGCUGUAUAUGGAUCACCUUAAAUUACCUGAAGAAGAGCAGAAUAUCGAGUAUGAGAAGCUUCAUGAGAAAUAUGCACCUGAAGUAUUCGAUAUUGUAUUGGAACUCAAAGGAUUUUACGUCAAAUUGGCACAAACGGGCUCGACGAGACCUGAUGUACUGCCUAAACAGUAUCUGGACCGAGCAGCUAAACUCCAAGACGAUGCACCGUCAAAGCCUGUGGAGGAGAUUUGUGCCAUUAUUGAAAAAAGCUAUGGCAAACCGAUGGACCAAUUGUUUCAGUUCAUUGAUCCGAAGCCACUUGGAGCGGCGUCUAUUGGUCAAGCACAUCGAGCUGUGUUGCUUGAUGGACAAGAAGUGGCUGUGAAGGUGCAACAUCCAGACGCUGAGACUUUCUUCCGCUGGGAUAUCAAGACCAUCCAGGACUUUUGUCGGUACUUUCAACCAGUGCAUUUGCCGUUUCUUGUAGAGGUAGAGAAACAGUUUAUGACGGAGUUUAACUAUAUCGAAGAAGCCAAGAAUUUGGCUUUGGUGAAGAAAAACAUUGCUAAAAGUCCGUAUGCCAAGAAAGUGGCGAUCCCAGAACCAAAGCUAGAGCUCUGUACAAAGGAAGUACUGGUGAUGGAGUUUUUGAAAGGACGCAAGCUGUUGGAUGGUAUCCAAGAUCACUUUGAGGCCAUUGCAGCAGAUAAGGGAGUCACGGUGGAGUUUUUGAAACAAGAUCAGGAGCGGAAGGAUAAGGAGCGUGAAGCGCGUGGAUUGGAUAUUGAGACAGGACCGUCGUCGUCGCAGCUGCAUUUGUAUGGGCUGACACUCGGAGCGAAGCGUCUGGUAAGGCGUAUUGGGAGAGUUUCUUACGAUUACACGCUGGGAUUUAUCGCUCCGCAAAAGUGGAAACCACGAGAGGAUGAACAGCACCAAUUGUUAAACUUGCCUGAGAUUUUAAAGCUUGUGAUGGAUGUGCAUGGCUACGAGAUCUUCGUGAAUGGAUCAUUUAAUGGAGAUCCACACCCUGGGAACAUUCUGCUUCUCGAGGAUGGGCGCCUCGGUCUCAUCGAUUAUGGCCAGGUAAAACACAUCUCGAGAGAGCACAAGAUUCACCUUGCAAAGCUGAUCGUGGCGCUGGCUAGUGGCUCACGUGACGACAUCAUUGAUGUACUGACGAAGGAAAUGCGCAUUAAAACAACGAAUAUGGAUCCAUACUUCUUGGAAAAACAGGCCCGCCUGAUGAUUGACAAUGAUGACCGCACUGUCACGGAAGGCAUGAAUCCGCAGCUUUUUCUCGAGCACUUGCACAAGAUUGACCGAAUUGAGUACAUCCCGGAUGAGUACGUGAUGGCUUUUCGCUGCUCGUUGCUGCUGCGUGGCUUCAGUUAUCUCCUUCACUACAAGUUUUCUCACGCCAAAAGCUGGGAAGGUAUUGCUCGACAAGUUCUUGAUGAGGCAGAAGGUGCGAAUGGAAGUACUUCAAUGCAGGGCACUGCCGUUUAG